GACUGCACGGCGUUGUAUGCCAGGAAAAGACCUGUUCAAACGGUACAUCUCAUCGAUAUCUAGCAGUCACCGGUAGCUCGUUCAACGGUCUUCGGUCUUUACAGGAAGGUCACAGGAGAUCAGGCUACAGCUUCAGCGCGGGUCGCGAAGCUACGUGUUUUAUACCGCCACUUAGAGCCUCCCGGGUUCAUAUACAGAGAGCAUUCAGUCGAGGUCAUCCGUCUCUGACUGACAUACAACACUAUGUCGCUCGUUAACAGAGCAACGCCUGUCGCGGGCGGUAAGAGACCAUACUCGAUCAAUGCGAAGCUCUUCUUCGCAGUCACGGUCAUCGAAGUCGUCGUCAACUGCGCCCUCGAAGCAUACAUCUUCGGACAAUACUCCGUCAACGUACGGUUAUCAAACAGAGUUGCGAGAACAGUCCCGACAUACCUAUCAAUAUUCAUAGCCGCCUUCCUCUUCCAAUCUGUCCUCGCCUUCAUCGCACUACGACAACGAAACACGAUUCAGAUUUUUGGGUUGACGUUGUUCAAUCUGACGUUCUUGGCGUACUCGAUCGUCCAGAUAGAGGAAAUUCAUUCGGCGAUUAUGGACUCGGCUGGUUCCCAGUUCUUGAAGGAUGGGGUGAAUGGAGCGGAUCUGUGGGAUGAUUUGAAGCCGUUUCUGAUUGUCAUACCCGUUGUGGUGUUUGUUGGGCAGGUGUGCUAUUUCUAUCUGGCGUGGAGGUUGUAUAAGGACUUUGGUUGGGAGAUCUUUAAGACGCUUGGGGCGGAUAGGCGGAUCAGACGGCUGUACAAAGCCUAUCAGAUUUUCGUCUGCUUGCUUCAGUUCGACUUCUUCUUUUUCUUGGGAUUCACCAUGCAGCUUUUGGUGCUGAACGUGCCCGGAGUGCACGACUACGAGCUCUAUGUGACGGUCGCUGCUCUUCCCAUUACUUUCGUCUUUCUUCUUUGUGUCGUAUGGUUCACCAAGCGUGAAUUCCAUGCCGGUAUUCUCUUAUUCGACGUGGGACUCUUUGCAGCCUGUGCCUACUUCAUUUUCAAGCUUUACAGAAUCUAUGACGAGGGCACGAAGGCCAGUUACUCUCACGACAGGAUCAGUUUGACGACUUUUGCUGUCAUCUCUGUGGUUCUUAUGGUGAUCACCUUCGUCAACUCCAUUAUCUGCGAGGUGAACUUCGGAAAAGGUCUACGGC